AGUGGAGUAGCCGAGCUGGAAGCAGACAGGGUCUGUGCAUCCCGCGGAAAAACAGCCGCUCUUACCCCUAAAAUCCAUCGUCAACCCCUUGGGACACCUCGAAAAAUCGGCAAAAAAUUCAGGGAACCUCCUAGAGAAAAGGCGGCUCGAUUGGAGCGAUUUUCAGGUCAUCAUGCCGCCUAAAAAGACAAAGGUGUCCACAGCGGUGGCCAGAGAGGAGCCCAUGGAAGAGAAUGACACAGCCGAGCCUGCUGGUGAAGCCCAAGGAGAUGGAGAGACACAUCCACAAGAGCCCCAUAAUGCGGCUGUCGAUAAUCGAAGUUUAGAGGAGAUUUUAAGUAGCAUCCCUCCUCCCCCACCUCCAGCGAUGACCAAUGAAGCCGGAGCUCCUCGUCUCAUGAUAACUCAUAUUGUAAACCAGAACUUCAAAUCGUACGCUGGGGAGCGAAUUCUGGGGCCUUUUCAUAAGCGCUUUUCUUGCAUCAUUGGACCGAAUGGCAGUGGAAAAUCCAAUGUUAUCGAUUCCAUGCUCUUUGUUUUUGGCUAUCGAGCACAAAAAAUCCGAUCCAAAAAGCUUUCCGUUUUAAUACAUAAUUCCGAUGAGCACAAAGAUAUACAAAGUUGCACUGUGGAAGUUCAUUUUCAAAAGAUUAUUGACAAGGAAGGGGAUGAUUUUGAAGUUAUUCCUAACAGCAAUUUCUACGUGUCCAGAACGGCUUAUAAAGAUAACUCUUCUGUGUACCACAUUAGUGGUAAAAAGAAAACUUUUAAGGAUGUUGGUAUUUUACUGCGAAGCCAUGGAAUUGACUUGGAUCACAAUAGGUUCUUGAUAUUGCAGGGUGAAGUGGAGCAGAUUGCAAUGAUGAAGCCAAAAGGUCAAACUGAACACGAUGAGGGGAUGUUGGAAUAUUUAGAGGAUAUCAUUGGAUCCGAAAGAUUAAAGGAGCCCAUUCAAGUUCUGUGCCGCAGAGUUGAAGUCUUAAACGAGCAACGAGGAGAAAAGCUCAAUAGGGUUAAAAUGGUGGAAAAAGAAAAGGAUGCAUUAGAAGGAGAAAAAAACAAGGCCAUUGAGUUCCUUACUGUCGAAAAUGAAAUUUUUAAGAAGAAGAACCAGAUAUGUCAGUACUAUAUACACGACUUGCAGAAACGUACCCAAGAAAUGGAGUCGCAAAAAGAAAAGAUCCAAGAAGAUACUACGGAAAUCAACGAAAAAAGUAAACUGCUAUGUGAGGAAAUGAAGCUGAAGAAUAAAGCGUUGAAGGACGUGGAAAUGCAACUAAAUAAAAUUACAAAAUUCAUUGAAGAAAACCGGGAAAAAUUCACUCAGUUGGAUCUGCAGGAUGUUGAUGUCAGAGAGAAACUGAAACAUUCAAAGAGUAAAGUGAAGAAACUUCAGAAACAGCUGCAAAAAGACAAAGAAAAGGUGGAAGAAUUACAAAGUGUGCCAGCCAGCAGCCAGAAGAUCAUUGAGGAGGCCACCAGGAAAAAGGAAGUGCUGGAACAGGAUAAAGAAAAGGAGGAAGACAAGCUUAAGGAAGUUAUGGAUAGCCUUAAAAAGGAAACCCAAGGUUUACAAGAGGAAAAAGAGGGGAAAGAGAAAGAGCUGAUGGAGUUUAGCAAAGCGGUGAACGAAGCACGUUCUAAGAUGGAUGUGGCCCAGUCUGAACUAGAUAUCUAUCUCAGUCGCCACAACACUGCUCUGGCGCAGCUUAACAAAGCUAAGGAGGCUUUAAACACUGCUUCAGCUACUCUAAAGGAGAGGAAAGCUGCCAUCAAAGAACUCGAACCCAAAUUACCCAAGUGUGAAGAAGAUCUGAAGAAGAAGGAAGAUGAACUUGAAAGUCUAGUGCAAGAAGAAAUUAAUAUUAAGAAUCAAGUGCGUGAGUUGCGACAAAAAGUAGAGGAAGCAAAAAGUUCUUUAUCUGCAAAUCGAAGCAGAGGAAAGGUUCUUGAUGCCCUCAUUCAACAAAAGAAAUCAGGAAAAAUUCCUGGAAUUUAUGGAAGACUGGGUGACCUUGGAGCUAUUGAUGAGAAGUAUGAUGUUGCUAUUUCAUCGUCAUGCGGUGCCUUGGAUCAUAUUGUCGUUGACACUAUUGACACCGCUCAAGAAUGUGUCAAUUUUUUGAAGAGACAAAAUGUUGGUGUUGCCACCUUCGUUGGUUUAGACAAGAUGAAAGUGUGGGAAAAGGGUCUGGAUAAGAUUCAGACUCCUGAAAACAUCCCACGAUUGUUUGAUAUGGUGAAAGUGAAGGAUGAGCACAUCAGACCAGCAUUCUACUUUGCGUUGAGAGAUACUCUUGUGGCUGAUAAUCUGGAUCAGGCAACUAGAGUUGCGUUCCAGAAGAAUAAGAGAUGGAGAGUUGUGACUUUGCAAGGCCAAAUUAUAGAGCAGUCUGGUACAAUGACAGGUGGCGGUGGAAAGGUUAUGAAAGGCAGGAUGGGAUCAUCUGUUAUGGUUGAAAUUUCAGAUGCACAGUUACAAAAAAUGGAAUCCAAACUUAGUUGUGAUUCCGAAAAGGCUGCAACCGUGCAGCAUCGCAAAGGGCAGCUAGAAGAAGAGCUAGCUAAACUUCGACCAGCAACUCGCGACAUGAAGAAUACAUUUGAGAAAUACACUGCUAGCAUACAGAGUCUCUCUGAGCAAGAAGUUCAUCUAAAAGCACAAGUGAAAGAGCUGGAAGCUAAUGUGGCCGCUUCUGCCCCAGACAAAAACCAACAAAAACUCAUGGACAAAAAACUAGAAACUUUCAGGAAAGAGUAUGAAAAUGCCGCAGAGAAAUCUGGAAAAGUGGAGCAGGAAGUGAAACGUCUUCACAAGCUCAUAGUUGAUAUUAACAAUCACAAACUGAAAGCUCAACAAGACAAGCUCGAUAAAAUCAAUAGAGAGAUAGAUGAAUGUGCAUCUUCUAUAACAAAGGCGCAAGUUUCGAUCAAGACAGCGGACCGAAACCUCAAAAAGUCAGAAGAUGCUGUUGUCCGUACUGAAAAGGAAAUUGUAGACAACGACAAAACUAUCGAGGAAUUGACUGAAGAGUUAAAAAACCUUGAAGAAAAAGCCACUACUGUAAUGACUGAAUGUAAAGAUGCAGAGAGUUCUCUCCCAGAUGUCCAAGAACAACACCGUGGCUUGCUUCAAGAAAUGAAAGCUAUUCAGGAUAAAGAACAUGCCCUCCAAAAAGAUGCUCUUAACAUAAGGCUCAAAAUUGAACAAAUAGACAGUCACAUAUCAGAACAUCAGUCUAAAAUCAAAUACUGGCAGAAAGAGAUAUCAAAGCUCACGUUACACAGAAUAGAAGACAACCCGGAGGAGGUUCUUCCAGUACUAACAGCAGAGGAACUGAAUGCCAUUAAAGAUCCAGAUCAAAUAAAUAACCAGGUUGCACUUCUAGAGGCAAAAAGUGUGGAAAUGAAGCCGAAUCUUGGUGCUAUUGCAGAAUAUAAAAAGAAGGAAGAGCUCUACUUGCAAAGAGUCGCGGAACUGGAUGAAAUUACAAACGAGAGGGAUAACUUCCGCCGAGCGUACGAGGAUCUCCGGAAGCAGAGGCUCAACGAGUUUAUGGCUGGAUUCAAUGUCAUAACAAACAAGCUGAAGGAAAACUACCAGAUGCUGACUCUGGGAGGGGAUGCGGAGCUGGAGCUGGUGGACAGCCUGGACCCGUUUUCAGAAGGCAUCAUGUUCAGUGUGAGGCCACCAAAGAAAAGCUGGAAGAAGAUAUUCAAUCUCUCGGGCGGAGAGAAAACCUUGAGUUCUCUAGCUUUGGUUUUUGCUCUUCAUCACUAUAAACCAACACCUCUUUACUUUAUGGAUGAAAUCGACGCAGCCCUGGACUUCAAAAACGUGUCCAUUGUGGCAUUCUAUAUUUAUGAACAAACAAAAAAUGCCCAGUUCAUUAUAAUAUCUCUCCGCAACAACAUGUUUGAGAUCGCUGAUCGACUUAUUGGAAUUUACAAGACUCACAAUACCACGAAAAGUGUCGCUACGAAUCCAAAAGUGAUUGCUGCGAAAGGACUUGCUGAAAUGAAUGCGGUCGGAUGUUCCUAAAUGAUUUCAUGGACGUUUCAGACAUUUAACUGUUUUCUAAUGUGAUCUGUUAUGACCGGCUUGGAAGGAUUCUGGUCAUCCAUACAGUGCUGCUAUUACUUUAGAUAUUGUCCAUCUUUACUGCAGUGUAAAUAUUGUUUCAUUGUUCACAUACUUGUGCCUUUUUUCCCACAGAUCUACCUGUUUGUGUUGAACAUUUCUAUAAAUGUAUAUUUUACAUGAUGACAUUUUUCAAUAAAAUAUAAACUAUUUUCCAAUA